ACACUCCGAACACACUGACUGCCUUUCUGAACUCUGUGCUGAUACUGCAGAGAGAGAGGGAGAGAGAGAAAGAGUAGUUUUGAUUUAGUUUCCGUGGUUGAUCAGCUAGAGUGUUAGUUGUUACUUUAGUUUUUUUGCAAUUGCAUUGGGACAUUUGGCAUGACAGCUAGCCAUCUCUUAGGACUUCUACGUCAGUCUUUCAGAGUGGUUUAGCAUUGCUGCUGGUCAUUCAGCUAGCUAUCUUUCAAGACUACUACAGGAGUUUCAGAGUGGUUUAGCAUUGCUGCUGCUGAUUCAGCUAGCUAUCUCUCAGGGCUACUACAGGAGUUUCAGAGUGGUUUAGCAUUGCUGCUGGUCAUUCAGCUAGCUAUCUUUCAAGACGACUACAGGAGUUUCAGAGUGGUUUAGCAUUGCUGCUGCUGAUUCAGCUAGCUAUCUCUCAGGGCUACUACAGGCGUUUCAGAGUUUUUUAGCACUGUUGCUGGUUCAGAAGGUGGUUAGAGCAGCAUGGCUGAAUCUGCUCCCAUGAAGGUGUCCAAGUCGUUCUCGGAGGAUGACCUCUGCUGUCCUGUGUGCUGUGAGGUCUUCCAGGAGCCUGUCCUUCUAGCCUGCAGCCACAGCGUCUGCAAGACCUGCCUGGAGAAGUUCUGGGAGACAAAGUCAGAACCGGAGUGCCCCAUGUGUCGGAGCCGCUGUUCCAAGAAGUACCUAAUCAACCUUGCGCUCAGGAACCUGUGUGAGACGUUCUUGGAGGAGAAGAACCAAGAUUCUGCGUUGGGGUCAGGCUCUGAGGUGCUCUGCAGUCUGCACGGCGAGAAAUUCAAGCUCUUCUGUCUGGACGAUAAGCAGCCAGUGUGUGUGGUGUGUCGAGACUCUAGCAAACACACACAUCACAUCGUCAUUCCCAUCGAUGAGGCGGCACAGCAGCUUAAGGAUGCAGUCAGACUCAAACUGGAGCCCAUAAGGAAGAAGCUGAAGACCUGGGAGGAUGUUAAACUGACCCUGGACCAAACGGCUCAGCACAUUAAAGUACAGCUGGAAAAUACAGAGACACAGAUCAAGGAGGAGUUUGAGAAGCUUCACCAGUUUCUACGAGAUGAAGAGGGAGCCAGGAUAGCUGCACUGAAGGAGGAAGAGGAGCAGAAGAGUCAGAUGAUGAAGGAGAAGAUUGAGAAGAUGGGCACUGAGAUCUUAUCCAUUUCAUAUAAAAUCACCACCAUAGAGGAGGAGCUGAAGACUAACGACAUUCUCUUUCUGCAGAACUAUAAGAGCACAGUGGAAAGAGCCCAGUGCACACUGCAGGAUCCAGAGAGGGUUUCAGGAGCUCUGAUCAAUGUGGCAAAGCACCUGGGCAACCUGAAGUUCAGAGUCUGGGAGAAGAUGCAGGAGAUUGUUCAAUACACUCCUGUAACUCUUGAUCCCAACACUGCACACCCAAAUCUCAUCCUGUCCGAGGAUCUGACCUGUGCUCGGGUCAGCCAGGAGAGACAGCAGCUUCCCGACACCCCGGACAGAGUGAAUGUGGACCCCAGUGUCCUGGGCUCCGAGGGCUACAGCUCCGGCACCCACUGCUGGGACGUCCAGGUGCCCCAGAAUGGGGACUGGCUCCUGGGCCUGCUGACCGCGUCCGCCCAGAGGACGGGGGACGUCCACGCCAGGCCUGGGGUCUGGUACAUGGGUCACAUGGGGGACACCUACUCCGCAGGCUCCACACCACAGCCCUCCACUCUACUCACCGUGACCCAUGACCCUCAGAGGGUCAGAGUGCAGCUAGACUGGGACAGAGGGAAAGUCACCUUCUCUGACCCUGAUAGUAACGUCAAUCUACACACUCUCAGACACGUUUUCACUGAGCGAGUGUUUCCGUACUUCAACACGGGGCUCGUUCCGUUGAAGAUCUUACCAGUGAAGACGUCUUUGAUAACAGAGCAGCAGCACAAACUGAAAGAGAGACGUACACACAAACACAAACUGAAAGAAAGGCAUUUCUCUUUAACACACGAAACUCGUUAAUGUGUUAGGUACAAAACAACAUGAUAAACAAGCACAUUGUCAUUCCCACUCAGGCCAUGUUCCAAUUAAGCAGUUAGAAAUAAAUAACUAUUUUUAUAUUUUGCCUUUCUUAGAGUUUCAGAAGUGUGUUUUGGUCAGGGUGACCAUUUGGUAAAUUAUAUUUUAAUUAUAUAUUAUAUAUUUUAAAAUUACCUGGCUUAAUGAUGAGACCGCUUUUGUCUUCCAUAAUGAUAGGCUAAAUGUGUAUUUGGGAGCCAGGUAGCAAUGCAGUACAGACACCCAGAGAAGUUUAACUGAAAAAGACUGUUUGUCAACUACAUAGCUUGCUAUAAGUUUUGCAAAUGCAACUCUGCCAUUUAAACCAUUUAGCCUACAUGUAUUUAUUUGUUUGUUUAGCUAGUCAGGAACUAUGGCAACCACCAGGAGGCAGUCUGGUGCAUAGCCUGCAGCAAAGUUCAGUUGAGGCAGUUUCUCAAAAUCAGCUCAGCAAUAACACACUACCUUAUGACCAUGCUUACAACCACUUGUAGAUAAUGUUAAAUGCCUACAUAUAAAUGGGAUGACCGGUUACUCUGGUAAUGUUUUGCUCAAUGUAUUGAGCCCUUGAACUCUUUCCCCUUUACCUCUAUACUUAGUGUUCUGCCCAAAUAAGUUGUGUGUGCUAAAAAGACAUGUUGUAUUUUUCUAUGUUAAGGUCAUUUAUGUAGUUGUAUUGUUGCUAUUGUGGGGCUUUUGUUCUGACACUGAUUGCUAUUGGGUAGAUCGGAACGUUAGAAGGAAGUGGUAAGAAAGCAGGAAGAAUAAGAAAGUAAACAAAUGCAUGGUUGCUACUGUUUUACCUCGUGUGUAAAAUCUCUUUUAAUCCGUUGGAUUGAGCCUUCAGAAAGCAAUGACUGUAAGUGCUAUGAGUUUUGUACAUGUUUAGAGUUUUUGUAUGAAUGCUUUCGAGGAAUUUUGAUUAUUAGAUUACCUGCGUGUGUGUGAUUAUGAUCGCGUUAGCAUGUUAACUUGUGGGCUAAGCGUCAAUAACGUCAUACUAUGCUACUGUUGCUAUAUAUAGCAUACUAAGUGUAUUUUCCGUUUUUCUCUUCUUUUUUGUAGUGUCACUCCAAUUCAGUGUUGUCAAAUUGACUUUAUGCUGCAAACGAAGUCAAUAAAAGUUAUGUUAACACUGAGGAAGUACAACACAUAGUGAGAGCAGAACACUUAGAAAGUCAAAUCUUGACCAAACUACCCUGAGUAAUUACAUGCUUAUAUCAAACUUUCAUAUCCUGAGCAAAGUACUUGAAAAGUUGUUUGUAAUCAACUUAAUACCUUCCUCAAAGAAACCAAAUCACAACACAAAAACAGCCUUAGUAAAAAUAGUAGCCUAAAUGAUCUCAGACUUGCUACUGACUUUAAUGAAGUUUCAAUCAUUAUUCUUCUAGAUUUGAGUGCAGCAUUCGGCACCAUUGAUCAUAACGUUUUAAUUCACUGCCUUCCGAAAUGGAAACUCUCUAAAACUGUUUCCAAACAUCUUUUUAAAGCUAAAGCUAAAUGACAAUAAAACAGAGAUACUUUUGGUUGGACCAAAAUCAAAAUGAGACACCGUUCUUAUUAAUCUUGGGAACCUGGCACACCAAGUCAAAGUAACAAGCCUUGGUGCAUCGUAGAUACAAAGUUAAGCUUCAAGCCCUGAGAAACAUUGGGAAAGUGCAGUCUUUUUUUAACAAAACAAGAUGCAGAGACAUUAAUCUAUGCCUUUAUCACUAGUAGUACUUUAACUGGUCUUUCAAAAAAGCAUAUAAAGAAACAGCACUCUGCUGCUAGACUAUUAACUAAGACCAUAGCCUAGAAAAGCAAAUUUAAUUUGCUGCCCGGGCUAGUCUAGCAACUCUCUGUUGGCUUGCGAGCUGGAAAAAUUAAACUUCGA